CCGACGGAAUAGAACAGAAUCACAUCAUCUCAUCCCGUACGUACCGGUUAAGGGAAUGUUUAUUAAGCGCAUUCAUAGGUCAAGCACAUAAGCGCCUCAAUCACUUGUAUGUUGGCGGAGACCUAUUCACCAGCAAAAGGAUUGGUGCCAGAAAUAUGACAUCUACAACGGAUCUGAGAUUUGACGAGGAAGUAAUUAACGUUAGUUUGGCUGAAGAGUACUUAAAGAUAAAUUCAGAAUUUCAUUCAAAGGGAUAUGAAGAUAAUGGAGAAAUUGAAUAUGAUGUAUAUAAAAACCAAAUUUAUCUUUCUAAUUUUAAGAAAAGUAUAUUUGAAUUUGGACUAUUCACUUCAUUGCAUAAUAAUUCAACGAACUACCUAGACUUAGCAGAGAAGCUAACAAAAAACAUAGAUUUAAUCUGCCAGCUAGAAUAUCUUUUAAGGAAAAAACCCAUGGAAGAAGUUAGAAAUUUCGAUAUGAAAUUAUUAGAGCAGAAUUUGAUAUACCAAAAUUCAUACAGAACAGCGGAGAAAGCUUACAUUUUAGAUAUAGUAAUGACUGCAGACACAAGCCUGGCUAGCCUUGGUUGCAUUGCUCAAUCGUCAGCUCUUAAUGUCACUAUUCAGUCUACCAAGGAAACAGCUGUGAUAUGUUCACUGUUUGUCAAUCUUUGUCAUGAAGCUGGACUUGAUAAUAUUAAAUUAAUUUUUAUGGCAAAUCCUGCACCUGAAACACCUUUGGAAUGUAUGAAUUUUUCAAAUAUGAAAGAACUUCGUACCGGUUGUGUGGGCAUCAUAACAGAAAAAGCUGAUAUUGACUCUGCUGUGCACACCUUCCUCUAUGCAACCAGUCAAUAUCCUUGGCAUUUCAAAAAGAUAUUCGUACAGGAAUGUGCGCUGAAUCGGUUUAAGAAGUCCCUCGAAUGGAAGACUAAAAAACCGUCCGGCGAUGUUGAAGAACAACUCGUAAGAGCAUGCACGUCGGUACACGUAUAUGAAGGCAAGCUAUACCUCUUCGAAUAUGCAGGUGACGUCAACAACGUCAGCCAUAACUCGAUUAUAAUAGAAGCCUACAGAACCAAUAAGGAACUAAUGUCAAUAAUGGCAACGAUUAAACCAUUUUGUGUCUCACUUUGGUCGAGUCACGUCUCUGAAUCGAAUGAAAUUGCAUUUGGCCUUGAAACGAAUAUCGUAUGGAUUAACGACUACGGUUGCUUCGAAGGACCGCCGGUAACAUCACAAGCAUUCUAUUCCCUGUUACAUCGCCACCUGGACAAGGAAAGGAUGACUGGUUUUCCCGUUAAGGAUGUUUUGAAAAUCAGGGAAACGUGGCUGAAAUUGGAAAUGUCGACGCGAUUGGUGAAAAUGUCCAAAGUUGCCGAUAAAUUCAUGAACCAUUUCAAGGACGAACAAUGUUUUAGAAUAAACUCUAAUAAUAGCAACAUUAGCGUUGGAAAUAAACUUUGCAUAGCGACACGAGAACCAGUUAAUGUUAUAGUCGUGAACAUAACGACAUGUCGAAGUGUUUACGAUCUCAUGAACUUUAUUGUAGAUGGCGGUGCCGUAGUACUUAUUCUAGAAAAUAAUGCGUCAGAAAUCAAUGAAAUUAGUAAACUCUAUCAAGCAUUGAAAGAUAUCGGCGCGCCUGUACUUUUGGCCGAUGGUAAGGAUUAUAAUUUGGUCAAAAUACAAAAGGACCAACUCAAAUACAACACGAAAGUCGUUUGGGCUAGCAUUGGAACCAUAUUUGCGAAUUAAUUAUAUUAUAAUCCACUGAGAUCAUAUGUUUCUGUCGUCAGUCAUAACGUGAAUCUACAAAAAAAAGUUAACAUAACUUUGUAACAGAUGUGUAGAUUAAAAAAAAAUGUUUUCUAAAUUUAAAUUAAGCACAAAAUUAUAAUAAAUGUUUAUUAAGUUUACAUAUAUAAUAAGAAGAAUGUUUUUGUUUUUAUUAUUUAACUUCACUUUAUUCGGUUGAAAUUUUACAUACAUUUAAUGGUUCUAAUGACAACAUUAUUUUUUUUUUUCGUUUUAUUCCAUAGAGUAAAUAAAAACUUAUUUCUAAUAUGUUUUACUUUUUGUUAGAUUUUAAAGGCUUAUUGAUUGUUAUUUGUUAAAACCAGUUAUAAAAAUUGAAAAAACAUAUUUUAAUUUGUAUAAAAUUAGUUCAAUAUUCCUAUAUGGAAUAAAUAUAUUUGUUAUUUAUAAGUUUUUUUUAUUAAAUUG